AUGAGGAAGAAACAUAGAGUAAAGUUGGAGGAUAAAGAGUAUGUGGUAACUGGGCCAGGAUGCAGAACUAGUUACCUCUCUUCUUUGCUCACAGGAAACAUGGUUCCAAAGCUGCUGGGAUCACGACUUUGGUUUCUGCUCCUGCUGGGAUUUGUGAGAAUGAGUGUCUCAUUUGAAGACCCACCAGGUGAUUUAACCCCUGCUCAGUGGUUUGAAAUUCAACACAUAAAUAUGGCUGGCCCCAAAUGUGAUGAUGCAAUGCAGAUAGUUAACAGUUACAUUGGGCAAUGCAAAGCCAAAAAUACUUUUCUAAAAGCAACUUUUGCUGAUGUUGUUCAAGUUUGUGGAACCCCAAAUGUAACCUGUCUUACAAGCCCCAGUACAAAUUGUCAUAAAAGUUCAGUUCAGGUGCCUUUAACCAUCUGUAGCAUCACAAAAAGUAAAUUGAGUUAUGGAAACUGCAAAUACACAGAUGUAUCAGCAAUGGAGUUCUACGUAGUUGCUUGUGACAAGAGAUCUCCACGGGACAAUACCACAUAUCCAGUGGUUCCGGUUCACUUGGAUGGGACAUAUUAGCUCCUGGAUCAGCACUUUGUGGCAUGGCUCAUCUACCAGCUCCCAAGCCCUCUGUCAA